UCAGUGAAAUUGUUUACGCAAGACCGGAAUUUUCUUAUCUGUUCUUUGAAGUUCCGCUGCCGUUUUAUUCUUCUCUCUAUUGAGAGAAGUAUUUGAAAAUGUAUUGGGGAACAAUUGCCAUUGCCUGCCUGACAGUAGUAUUGGGCUGUGAUGGUGCACGUAUCCUGGGAUUGGCACCAUUCUCCAUGCGGAGUCAUUGGAUCGUGAUGGAACCUCUCUUCCAGAAGCUGGCUGCCGUAGGACACAACGUCACCGUCUUCUCAUCUUUCCCCCAGAAGACACCAUUGUCCAACUACAAAGAUAUUGAUUUCUCUGAUAGAAUGAAACCGAUAGUAGAUACAUUUACUUUUGACAUGAUCAAAACGACGUUGCCAAGUCCGUGGGUGGCAACAUUUUUCUUUAACUCAUCACAUGGAUCUAGUUGUAAGCUGCUAGAUGAACCGGAAUACAAGGACCUGCUGAGAGCAAAAGAUAACUAUGACAUCAUAAUAACUGAAGUAUUUGGAAAUGACUGUUUCGCUUAUUAUGCGUACAAGCUUGGAAUUCCGAUGAUUUCGAUUACGACCGGUAUGGCUGUGCCAUGGGCAGCAGAAAGAGUCGGGUUGCCAGACAAUCCAUCAUAUAUACUCAACUAUUUAAUGAAAUCUGGGUCCCAGAUGAAUCUCUGGGAUAGGAUUUAUAAUACUAUAACUCUCGUUUAUGCAAAGUUUUGGCAUCUGUACGUAUUUAAUCAACAGACUAGAGCAAUAGUCGAGAGAAGCUUUGGAGAGCAUUUGCCACCAUUGAAUGACGUACUUGCUAACUAUACAUCAAUGUAUUUCAUCAACAGUUAUCAUGCACUUUUACAAAGCAGACCUUUCCCUCCUAACGUUGUUGAAAUUGGAGGAAUCCAUAUUAAGGAGAAACAACCAUUAGCGAAGGAUCUACAGGAAAUUUUGGAUAAUGCAAAGAAUGGAGCUAUUGUAAUGAGUUUUGGAUCAUUGGUUCGCACAUGUACUUUACCAAAACACGUAAUAAGGAUGUUCAUGAACGUUUUCUCAAGAAUACCACAGAUCGUUAUUUUGAAAUAUGAAGAGGAUUUUCCAGAGGCUCCAAAAAAUGUGAUAAUGAGGAAGUGGUUGUCACAGAGAGAUUUGAUAG